AUGAAAACACUUUGUUUAAGAUCAACAACUGUUAUGAUAACAACAAGUAAAGCAUUAAAUCUAUUUGAUCCACAUCGUCGUUCGACAUCAGUAUUGAAAACGCUAACAACAGCUACAACAAUAUCAGCAAAUAUUUUAACAACAACCACAUCAAUUUCAUCGACUACUUCUGUCGUAUCUAUUCUUGUGCGACCCACAUUAUCAAAAAUUUGA